AUGGUGGACAGCGUUUACCGGACGCGGUCGCUGGGGGUGGCGGCGGAGGGGCUACCGGACCAGUACGCGGACGGACGGGCGGCCCGCGUGUGGCAGCUGUACAUCGGGGACAUCCGGAGCCGCACGGCCGAGUACCGCAGCUGGCUCCUGGCGCUGCUCCGCCAGCACCGCUGCCGCUCCGUCCUCGAUGUAGCCUGCGGCACCGGGGUGGACUCCAUCAUGCUGCUGGAGGAGGGCUUCCAGGUGACUAGCGUCGACGCCAGCGACAAGAUGCUCAAGUACGCACUGAAGGAGCGCUGGGAGCGGCGCAAGGAGGAGCCCUUCGACCGAUGGGUCAUAGAGGAGGCCAACUGGCUCACGCUGGAGAAGGACCUGGAGAAGCCAGGAGAUGGGUUUGAUGCAGUCAUCUGCCUGGGCAACUCCUUCGCACACCUGCCUGACUUCAAAGGGGACCAGAGUGACCACAAGCUGGCCCUGAGGAACAUUGCCAGCAUGGUGAGGCCUGGAGGUGUCCUGGUCAUCGACCAUCGCAACUAUGAUCACAUUCUGGCCACAGGCUGUGCCCCACCCGGCAAGAACAUCUACUAUAAGAGCGACCUGACCAAGGACAUAACCACCUCCGUGCUGCUGGUGAACAACAAGGCACAUAUGGUGACCCUGGACUACACGGUACAGGUCCCUUCUGCUGAGGCAGGGGCAGACCCAGAGCUGAGCAAGUUUCGGCUCUCGUACUACCCCCACCGGCUAGAGGCCUUCACAGCCCUGCUGAAAGGUGCCUUCCAGGGCAAGUGCCAGCACAGCGUCCUCGGGGACUUCCAGCCCUACACACCAGGACAGGCCCAUGUCCCCUGCUACUUCAUCCAUGUCGUGAAGAAGACGGCUUGAAGGGGUGGGCACAGAGAUGGGACUGUGGUGGCUGAUGGCUGCAAGCAGCUCUGGGAAGGAGCAGGAAGCUGGGGAUGUGACUGAGAGCCACCUGCAAUUCCCCUCCCCUUAAUGAAGAACAGU